AUGGCAACCAUCACGGAGGUUCGGACGGAUGCACUCGUCCCAACUGAUCUCAUCAUUAAGACAGGUCAGAUCAAAAUCGAAAGCGAAGAGAUCUCGACAAAAGACCUGUCCGAUAUCCCUCUGCCACCACCAUCAAAAUGUCCGACAGAAGUGCUGAGCGUAGAUAAAGGAACCCCAGAUAGCCAUGUUCCUCGUGAUCCUCGGCUCAUCAGAUUAACGGGUGUUCAUCCAUUUAACGUUGAGCCACCCCUCACAGAUCUGUAUAAAGAAGGAUUUUUAACAUCGCCGGAGCUUUUCUAUGUUCGGAAUCAUGGCCCAGUACCCCAUGUUAAGGAUGAAGAUAUCCCUCACUGGGAAAUUAGUAUCGAAGGGCUGGUGGAGAAGCCUUUGGUUUUGAACUUCCGACAAGUUUUGCAGCAGUACGACCAAAUAACGGCGCCCAUCACCCUCGUAUGUGCAGGCAAUCGGCGCAAAGAGCAAAACAUUGUGCGCAAAACAAAAGGCUUUUCCUGGGGAUCGGCGGGACUAUCCACUGCCCUCUUCACUGGCCCAUUACUGUCGGAUAUCCUCCGCAGUGCGAAACCCCUGCGUAAAGCGAAGUACGUCUGUAUGGAAGGGGCGGAUAAGCUGCCCAAUGGUCACUACGGCACAUCUAUCAAGUUGAACUGGGCCCUGGACUCCAACAGGGGCAUCAUGCUUGCCCAUAAAAUGAACGGGGAGUCUCUUCGCCCAGAUCAUGGUCGUCCGUUGAGGGCUGUCGUGCCCGGCCAAAUAGGGGGCCGAAGUGUGAAGUGGCUGAAGAGGCUGAUCCUGACCGAUGCACCAAGCGACAACUGGUACCAUAUUAAUGACAACCGUGUCUUACCGACAAUGGUCUCACCUGAGAUGGCAUCAAUUAACCGAAACUGGUGGCACGAUGAGCGAUAUGCGAUUUAUGACCUAAACACCAACUCCGCCGUUGCAUAUCCCCAGAACAAUGAGGUCUUGAAUAUCCUGUCGGCAGGGCCGUCAUAUACUGUCAGGGGAUACGCGUACUCUGGUGGGGGUCGCAGGGUUACUAGGGUGGAAAUAUCCCUAGACAAAGGCAAAUCUUGGAGAUUGGCGGAUGUCGAAUAUGCAGAAGACAAAUAUCGUGAUUUUGAAGGCGAGCUUUUCGGAGGCAAGGUAGAUAUGAACUGGCGCGAAACUUGCUUCUGCUGGUGUUUUUGGUCUCUAAGCAUCACCAUCCCAGAGCUUGAGAGCAGUGACGCCAUCCUCGUAAGAGCCAUGGAUGAGGCAUUGGGCGUGCAGCCUCGCGAUAUGUACUGGUCCGUUCUCGGGAUGAUGAACAAUCCUUGGUUCCGAGUCACGAUUACGAAAGAAAACGGGAACUUGAAGUUUGAGCAUCCUACCCACCCUAGUAUGCCUACAGGAUGGAUGGAGCGCGUGAAGAAGGCUGGGGGUGACCUAACGAAUGGUAACUGGGGAGAAAGACACGAAGGAGAGGAGCCGACAUCGCCGGAACCCGUGCAAGAAAUAAAUAUGAAGAAAGACGGGCUAAACCGAACGAUCGGUUUUGACGAGUUCAAGGAGAAUUCCAGCGAUAAGAAGCCAUGGUUCAUCGUGAAUGGAGAAGUGUAUGAUGGCCAUGCAUUUCUUGAAGGCCACCCUGGUGGAGCGCAGAGUAUUGUCUCCUCUGCUGGUCUGGAUGUCUCCGAGGAAUUUCUUGCUAUUCAUAGCGAGACGGCAAAGGCGAUGAUGCCUGAGUAUCAUAUUGGAACGAUGGAUCCGGAAGGUCUGAAAGCGCUCAAGGAUGAUACAACAUCCUCGUCCGAUGAAAUUCGCCCAGUGUUCCUCCAAGCACGAUCUUGGACAAAGGCAACGCUGAAAGAAAGGAAAGACAUAUCAUGGGAUACACGGAUAUUUAGUUUCCAAUUGGAACACGAAGGCCAAACAUUGGGCUUACCGGUUGGCCAGCAUCUUAUGAUCAAAGUCCUCGACACAACGUCUAACAAUGAAGCCAUCAUCCGCUCAUACACACCAAUUUCUGAAACCAGCCAAAAGGGGACUGUGGACUUGCUGGUCAAAGUAUACUUUGCAACAGCCACCUCGGCAGGCGGCAAGAUGACGAUGGCCCUGGAUAGACUGCCGUUGGGCUCCGUAGUCGAGUGCAAGGGUCCGACAGGCAGAUUCGAAUACCUUGGAAAUGGACGAGUUCUCAUAAGCGGCAAGGAACGCCAUGUUCGUUCGUUUAAGAUGAUUUGUGGAGGAACCGGUAUCACACCGAUUUUCCAGGUCUUGCGUGCCGUGGUUCAGGACCAGCACGAUCCCACAUCUUGUGUUGUUCUCAACGGUAAUAGGCAGGAAGAAGAUAUACUUUGCCGGGCUGAGCUCGACGGCUUCAUGGCAUCCGACAGCAGAAGGUGCAACAUAAUACACACUCUAUCCAAAGCGCCGGACUCGUGGACAGGCAGACGAGGACGCAUAUCCGAAGAGCUCCUAAAGGAAUAUGCGGCUCCAGAAGAUGAGAGUAUGGUACUGAUUUGUGGUCCACCAGCCAUGGAAGAAUCUGCUCAGAGGAUACUAUUGGCGCAAGGAUGGAAGGAAUCAGACCUUCACUUUUUUUGA